GUGCGAGGAAGCUGCGGCGUGUGACGUCACGUCCGUCGUGCGGAGUGCUUUCCUGCGGCGUUUCCUCCCUCGUUCUCUCUUUGCUGCCAGACCGCCGCCAUCAUGGGUCGCAUGCACGCUCCCGGGAAGGGCCUGUCGCAGUCGGCUCUGCCCUACCGCCGCAGCGUCCCCACCUGGCUGAAGCUGACGUCUGACGACGUGAAGGAGCAGAUUUACAAGCUGGCCAAGAAAGGCCUGACUCCAUCCCAGAUCGGUGUGAUCCUGAGGGACUCCCAUGGGGUUGCACAAGUCCGUUUUGUGACUGGCAAUAAAAUUUUGAGAAUCCUUAAAUCCAAAGGACUGGCUCCUGAUCUUCCUGAGGAUCUCUACCAUUUAAUUAAGAAAGCAGUUGCUGUUCGCAAGCAUCUUGAGAGGAACAGAAAGGAUAAGGAUGCUAAAUUCCGCUUGAUUCUGAUAGAGAGCAGAAUUCACCGGCUGGCUCGUUAUUACAAGACUAAGCGAGUCCUCCCACCCAAUUGGAAAUAUGAGUCAUCCACAGCCUCUGCUCUAGUGGCGUAAAUUGGUCCUGUGUACUGAAGCAAUAAAGCUGCUUUAAAUCAUUA